UGGUUUCCAGUGCCUCUGGCCUUCCUGUUGAGAGCAAACAAAAAGUGUAUGAAGACUACUGAAAUAUGUCAGAGACUUCCUCCCAUGACUCGUUCUAUGAUUCCCUAUCAGACAUGCACGAAGAAAGCAAGAAUGCUGACUUCUUCCCUGAGCUAUCUGCUUUUCUCAGCCAGGAAGAGAUAAACAAGAGUCUUGACCUGGCCCGGAGAGCUAUAGCCAACUCUGAAACAGAAGAUUUUGACUCAGAAAAGGAGAUCUCACAGAUUUUCAACGCUUCUCCUGUAGGUGUCUGUGAAAAUCCUUCCCAUAAGGAGACCAAAUUUGGUGAGCCAGCCUCCUCAGGAGGACCUCAUGAUAACAAGCCAACACCUGUCCAAUCUCCGCCAGAACAAACUGACCGUAUCUCUUCACCUGCUUCAAAGAGGAAACCUGCCAAAUCACCCCUGCUUGCCAGCCCCAGCUAUAUCCGGAGCCUCCGAAAGGCUGAAAAACGGGGUGCAAAAACUCCCAACACAAGUGUAAAGCCCAAACCAGCAUAUCAAGGUAAGACUGGCCCCCAGAGCCAGCUAUGUGACAAGGCGGCUAAUUUCAUCGAGGAGCUGACAUCCAUAUUUAGAGAAGCAGCAAAGCCAAGAAAUAGAAGCCCAAACGGGGAGUCCUCAUCCCCAGACAGUGGGUACUUGUCUCCUAAAAAUCCACGGUCAGCCCUGAUGAGUGCCUCAGCCAGCCAAAGCCCCACUGGAGACCAACAGGAGAUGGAAGCUGAGGUCAAGUUACCCGAAGCCAGGCAUUGCUACCAGGCAGACCAGGACAAGGCAGUGCCAUGCAAUAACAUCUCUCACCCACAGACCCAGAAUGCACUCCACUUCCCCUCAGCUCCACGAUUCAUCCAGAAGCUUCGGAGCCAAGAAGUGGCAGAAGGAAGUAGAGUUUACUUGGAGUGUAGAGUCACUGGAAACCCAAUUCCUCGAGUCAGUUCUACUUGUACUCAUUCUGCUACAGCUCAUUCUCAUUCUCCAGAACAGAGGCAAUUGCAUAGAGUUGAACAUAAAAUAAAACUUGGUUUCCUAUUGAAUUUCAAAUUACACGGGAAAUACUUUUGGAAUAACUCCAGACCUUUGGGGAAGAUCUUCCCAGCUCUGAAGUCUCUCCUCUGUCUUCACAACAAUCUCCCAAGUUUGGGAUGCUAUGAUUUCAUGCUCACAUUGUUCAGAAUUUAGCCCUCCCUCCGCCCCCUCCAAAAAGACUCAUCUUAUGGACUGUUAAA